AUCACAUCUUGAUCACCUAUACAAUUUUAUAUCAAAUGCCCAGUCAUGUGCACAUCACGUGUGCAUUAACUGCACAUCACGUGUACGUCACCUUCUUCAUCUCGUGGUACAUUCAUAUAUCACUUCGGCUCGGCCGCCCAUAAAAUGCAUAAUGGAAGGAGAUAAGUAAAUGAUUACUUAGAUCGAACCCGCAUUACAUGCAGCGCAGCAAAUCUGUAUCACUGGGCUGUACAGUGGAUAUGCGCAUCGCAUAUUCUUGGCACACCAUAAAGGCUUAUCAUACAUACGCUAUGCUCACUUCACUUGAUUUCAAGUUAACACCAGUGUCUAUCACUGCACCUUGCGCCUGUGGGUGCAUUAUGGAGGGUGCUAAGUUGAUAUGUUGCCAUAGAGACAGAGUUAGUAUUGUCAGGCCCUAUGACAGUAGAUAGUGAAUGUGUAGAGAAUGUACAGAUAGUACAGGCUAAUUUGUUAGUCCAAGACCGGUCAGCAGAGCAAUCAGAGAGUUUGGAGAGUGAGAUAGCGAGACUGUGGGAUUUAGAGACCCUAGGUAUUAGAGAGACACAGGGAGUACAGGAAGAAUUUCUGGAUAACAUUUGUUUCAAUGGAGAGAGGUAUUCGGUUAAGUUACCGUGGAAGGUCAACCACAGAUCGUUACCUACUAAUUACGAAAACAGCCUAGGACGCCUUCAUGGCACAAUGAGAAAGCUUAGGCAAGAGCCAGAAGUGCCAGACCAGUACGAGGCAGUAAUCAAGGGUCAGUUAGAGUCGGGAGUGAUAGAGCCGGUUCAUGCGUUAGAAGAUGGUAACAAGAUCCAUUACUUACCACAUAGAGCGGUAGUGCGUAGGAAUGUUGCUACUAGUACACCGGUAAGAGUGAUCUAUGAUGCGUCGGCGAAGACAGGUAAAAAAGGCGUGUCGCUCAACGACUGUUUACACGUUGGACCGUCUCUCAACCCCCUCCUAUUUAAUGUGUUGCUGAGAUUCCGUCUCCACAGGGUAGCCCUCAUAGCAGAUAUCUAGAAGGCUUUCUUGAAUAUCGAAGUCGACCCUGGAGACCGAGAUUGUUUACGAUUCUUAUUCCCAGAGGACCCGAGAAUGGAGGAUUCCGUAAUCAAGGUAUACCGGUUUUGUAGAGUGGUGUUUGGUCUGAACGCCUCGCCAUUUUUAUUGAAUGGAACCUUGAGGCACCACCUCGUGAAGUUUAAAGAGAUAGAUCCUGAGUUUGUAGAGAUGUUAGUCAACAGUUUUUAUGUAGAUGACUUGGUGACAGGGAGUAACACCCCGGAAGAGGCGUAUGAGUUAUACGUGAAGUCCAAGUCUAACCUCAAGAGUAGUGCACUGUGGUGGAAUGGCCCACACUGGCUGACUGGUCCCGAACAGGGAUGGCCAGCAUUACAUAUAGAGAGAACGCCAGCUGGGGCGGAAGAGGAGAAGGGCACUGUAAGUAUGGUAGUCAACACCAGAGUACCGAAGAGUGACAUAUCUAGUGUAAUCAACCCUAACAAUUUCAGUAAUUGUAGCAAGUUGUUCAAGGUAACAGCGUAUGUUCGGAGAUUCGUGCACAAUGUUAGGGCAGAGAAAGUAGAAGACAGGAUGACAGGCAGGUUAUCUAGAGAGGAGAUGACGAAUGCAGAGCUAGAGUGGAUAAAAUCAGCGCAAGUAGACUUGACGCAACAAGCGACGUUUAAUCAGCUGACCAAGCAGCUAGAUUUAGUAGAAGGCAUACUUAGGUGCAGAGGGAGACUGGGUAAUUCCGAGCUUGCGACAGACGCUAGAAUGCCCAUAAUAUUACCGAGAGAUCACAGGCUGACAGAGCUGGUUAUACUAGACUGCCAUAGUAAGUUACACCACAGUGGUGUUAGCGGCACCUUAGCGCAGUUGCGGACAAGGUUCUGGGUUCCGAAAGGUAGACAAGUUGUGAAAAAGAUAGUGCAUAGGUGUGUCACGUGUAAGAAGCUAGAAGGCAGGGCAUACGCAACGCCUCCCGUGGCGGAUUUACCAGGCUUUAGAGUCACGCAGGCAGAGCCAUUCUCCAAAGUAGGAGUAGACUUUACAGGUCCUCUCUAUUACAAGAGUAGUACAUGUAUGAUGCAGAAGGCGCAUGUUGCACUUUUCUCGUGUUGCGUGACACGGGCAUUAUAUCUCGAUUUAGUGGUAGAUUUAGAGGCUUGUACUUUCAGGAGAUGCCUUAGAAGGUUUGCAGCCAGGAAGGGAGCUCCAACGCUGAUAGUGUCAGACAAUGCGAAAGAUGGCGGUAGUAGAGAAGUUGAUCAAGGGCAGAGAUGACGUAGUGAGAGGAGCGCAAGUUAGACUUGUCAAGAAGGGCAAGCCAUCUCGCCUGGACAGACCAGUCAAGAGACUCUACCCCAUAGAAGUUAGGUGCGCGGACUCGACAGUGAAUGCGCGGACAGUGAGUGCGCGGACAGGAGCGUGCAUACCAGAGCCAGGUCCACUCGAGCCGCAGCAUUUCACGCGCAAAAUAGAAUCGCGAUCGGGGCUUUGCUUGACU